GCAUUAGAAGAGCCAGACAAGAAUGCUAGUGUGACUGAAGGCACUACUUUGGACACCCAUUCAGAGAUGUGCUCCCCUGCGCAGCUCAGACAACAAACAGAAGAGCUGUGUGCUGUCAUUGAUCAAGUCCUACAGGACCCAUUGACUAUGCGCCGAUGUGAGUCUUCUCCAAGUUUCCUGCAGAUGAGCACGGAGUCAGAUGUUGGGAAGGUGCCAACAACGCUGCAGAGAGCAGCUGGGCGUGAAACCAGAUAUGCCAACCUUUACAAAUCGACACCUAUGAUGACAGAGAGUCAGUUGACAAAACCUGGUGUUAUUCGUCCUGUGCUGGUGAAAGGAAAGAGAGCACAGCAAAAGGAGGAGCCCUAUCAACCCAAUCCUUUUAAAAAGUACCUUGAAGAAAUCAGUGAUCAAGAUAUUGAGCAGGUGAGUAACUCUUUGAAGGAUUUUGUAGCCUCAACUAGUUUUCUUAAAGAUGAUGAAAUAAUCUUAGAUCCUUAUUUUGUCCUGGUCUCUUGUUUUUUGCAAAGUUAG